GCUUUUACAACUUUAAAUGUAUUUCUAAAAAUUUUCACUGUCUAAUUUAUCUUUUUUGUUCAUGCCAAAUUUUAAAAAGCCAACAAAAUAUAAGAGAUGCGUUUUACAUUCCUCCGAUCAACUCCGAUCUUCCUUGCGAACCAUCAGAACCACUUAUCUUCCUUGCGAACCAUUAGAACCCUUCCUUCUUCUGCUUCACCUGUAGCUAUAUCCUCUGUAUCGAAGUUAUCUGCUAGCUUGGAUCAUCUCUUUGACGUGAAACAAGAACAUGGGUUCAUGGUAAAACAAGGGACUUACAAUUCUCUGUUUCUUCAAAACAAGCUCUUGCAAGCUUACACGAAAAUCAGAGAAUUUGAUGAUGCAGAUAAGCUCUUCGACGAAAUGCUUGUGAGAAAUAUUGUUACUUGGAACAUACUGAUUCACGGGGUCAUUCACCGAGACGGUGACACCAACCACAGAGCUCAUCUAGGUUUUUGUUAUUUGAGCCGGAGUCUUCUUAGUGAGGUGAUUUUGGAUCAUGUGUCGUUCAUCGGGUUGAUACGGUUGUGUACUGAUUCGACCAAUGUGGAAGCUGGUAACCAAUUACACAGUCUGAUAGUGAAACAAGGUCUUGAAUCGAAUUGCUUUCUGAGUACUAGUCUAGUUGAUUUCUAUGGGAAAUGUGGUCUCAUUGGUGAAGCAAGACAAGUUUUCGAGGCGGUUUUGGGUAGAGAUUUAGUGCUGUGGAACGCUUUAGUUUCGUCGUAUGUUCUUAACGGUAUGAUUGAUGAAGCUUUUGGUUUACUCAAGCUGAUGAGUUCUGAAAAAAACGGAUUCACAGGUGAUGAUUUCACUCUCUCUAGUCUUCUCAGUGCAUGCGGGAUCAAACAAGGGAAGCAGAUUCAUGCCAUUGUCUUCAAACUGUCAUAUUUAUUCGACAUCCCUGUGGCGACUGCAUUGGUGAAUAUGUAUGCGAAGAGUAACCAUAUGAGUGAUGCUCACAAGUGUUUUGAAUCGAUGGUUGUGAGAAAUAUAGUGUCUUGGAACGCGAUGAUUGUAGGUUUUGGACAAAAUGGAGAAGGAAGAGAAGCUAUGCGACUUUUUGGUCAAAUGCUCCGUGAAAAUCUUCAACCAGAUGAGCUUACCUUUGCAAGUGUUCUAAGUUCCUGCACGAAAUUCUCUGCAAUUUGGGAGAUUAAGCAAGUGCAAGCGAUGGUUACUAAAAAGGGCUCUGCAGAAUUUUUGUCGGUGGCUAAUUCUCUGAUAAGUUCUUACUCCAGGACUGGAAAUUUAUCUGAAGCACUUUUAUGUUUUCAUUUGAUCCGAGAACCUGAUCUUGUUUCAUGGACUUCAGUGAUAGGAGCUCUGGCUUCUCAUGGAUUCGCAGAAGAAAGCUUGCGAAUAUUUGAAAGUAUGCUGCAGAAACUUCAACCAGACAAGAUCACUUUUUUAGAGGUUUUGUCUGCUUGUAGCCAUGGAGGAUUAGUUCAAGAAGGGCUUCGUUGCUUCAAACGAAUGACUGAGGUUUACAAGAUAGAACCAGAGGAAGAACACUACACUUGUCUGAUCGAUCUUCUUGGUCGAGCUGGUUUCAUCGACGAGGCUUUUGAUGUGUUAAAGUCAAUGCCCACAGAACCAAGCACACAUGCUUUGGCAGCUUUCACAGGAGCAUGUAACAUCCAUGAGAAAGUAGAAUCCAUGAAAUGGGGUGCAAAGAAGCUUCUUGAAAUUGAACCAAGCAAACCUGUGAACUACUCCAUCAUGUCAAACGCUUACGCCUCUGAAGGCCAUUGGAAUCAAGCGGCUCUACUGCGUAAAAAAGAGAGGAGAAACUGCUACAAUCCCAAAACUCCAGGUUGCAGUUGGCUAUAGGGGACUACUCAAUCUAGCAAUUAUAACCAUGAACACAUCAAUCUUUAGUCAGCUUAAAAAGCCAUGGAAGUAAAGAUUGUUCAAGAGC